GUAGCUUGCCACUGUCUGAUUCAUUCAGUCUGAGUGGAAACCUUGGACAACACACAGGGGAACGAACAGAUCCUGAAACAGAGGUCACAAAUCAAACACGUUGGAUUUGAUAACCUCUGCGUGACAGUCUCCUGCUGCAGACAUGGCGGAAAACACUCCACUGCUGAAAGGAAGAUCAACAUCAUCUGAAUCCAAGAUCAAUGACUCCAAACUGUAUCUGGCUGUCUUCUCGGCCAUCUUGGGGAACUUCAACUUCGGUUACUCCCUGGUUUACCCGUCAUCGGUCCUGCCCCAGCUCCAGGGCCCCGAUGUGGACCCUCGGCUCAGGAUGGGUAAGGAGGAGGCCGCCUGGUUCGGCUCCAUCUACACCCUGGGGGCAGCCGCAGGGGGUCUGGGGGCCAUGCUGCUCAACGACCUGAUUGGACGGAAGCUGAGUAUCAUGGUGUCAGCAGUGCCGUCCACUAUUGGGUACUUGCUGAUGGGAGGAGCUUCGGACAUCUGGAUGCUCCUUUUGGGCCGUUUCCUCACAGGUGUUGCCGGGGGGAUGACGGCAGGAUCAAUACCUGUUUACAUCUCAGAGAUCUCCCAUAAAAAAGUGAGAGGGGCUAUGGGUUCCUGCCCUCAGAUCACCUCUGUGACUGGGGCCCUGGCGCUCUACGCCCUGGGUCUGGUGUUACGGUGGCGGUGGUUGGCGGUGGCGGGGGGGGUCCCGGCUCUGCUGAUGAUUGUGCUUCUGGUAUUCAUGCCCAGCUCCCCCAGGAGGCUCAUCAAACUGGGGAGGGAGCAGCAGGCGGAGAAGGCUCUCCGGUGGCUGAGGGGGGAACACUACGACACACAAGUGGAGAUCAAUGACAUACAGUACAGCAUCAACACACAGGCUAAAGUCACGUGGUCGCAGCUGGCCACACCCGUGUACUACCGGCCAAUCCUCAUCUCAGUGGUGAUGCGUUUCCUGCAGCAGAUGACGGGCAUCACACCCAUCCUGGUCUUCAUGGAGCCCAUCUUUGCCAAAAGCAAAGUCUCCCUGCCUGCCAGGUUUGAUGCCGCCAUUGUUGGAGCGUUCCGCCUCUUCGCUGUUGCCGUGGCAGCCAGUCUGAUGGACAGGGCGGGACGCAAAGCCCUGCUGUACACGUCGAGCCUGUUGAUGAUCCUGUCCAGUCUGGCUCUUACCAUUAACUCCCACAUCACACCAUGCCCUCCAGGCCCCACCCCUCUUAACCUCACUAUCUCCCAUGAUGCCAUUGCAAGCACUUUGGAGGCAAGCCAGCAAACUUCAGCAGGCCUCAUACCUCUCAUCAGCACCAUGGUGUUUAUUCUUGGAUACGCCUUGGGAUGGGGCCCGAUCACAUGGUUGCUAAUGUCGGAGGUGUUGCCGCUGGUAGCCAGGGGCGUGGCUUCAGGUCUGUGUGUGGCUGUCAGCUGGUUGACGGCCUUCGCCAUCAUGCAGGCCUUCGCUCACCUGGUGGAGGACCACAGCCUGUUCGUGCCCUACCUGUGUUUCACCGUGGUGUGUGUGUUCUGCCUGCUGUUCACCGCCGUGUGUGUCCCAGAGACUCGAGGCCGAUCGCUUGAGGAAAUAGAGAAUUAUUUCAGGACAGGAGGGACAUUCACCAUCACCCGGAGUCCUUCCACUGAACAGACGUAGAGAGAGAUACAAAUAUAUAUAUUGUUACCAUGGGAUACCUCUAAGAAAGGGCUAAUUUAGAGGGUUUUUCAUUUAU